AUGACCACCUUUUGGAAUCACUACUGGCCCGUCGCCAAAGAAGAAGGCGCAGAAGCUCGUGAUUGGCGCGACUAUCCUGCCAAUCGUCCUUGCCCACUCGACGGUGUUUCGGCUCCCUCCCAUACCGUCUUUGUCAAGACGGGCGGGAAUGCCUUGCAAGCCGUGGAUCGAUCCGCCCUCCAACAAAAGGGUGUCGUGGCCGUGACGGUGCCCUGGAAUGCCCGACCCGGACAGGAAAUGUUGGUCCGCCACGGCGAUCGAUGGGUCACCACCCAGGUACCCGAUCACAUGCUACCCGGACAUGUCUUUUUGAUGCGCGUCCCAGAGACGCCCUAUAUCAACAGCAAAUUGGAAGGAGAUAGUAGUGGUAUUAUGCCAUCUAAAGAAGUCAACAUGGCACAAGCCUAUGUGCCACCAUCAUCCACACAACAACAACAAACACCGCACGACCUUCUCUUUGAAGAAGCCACGGAAUUGACACAUGUAUCCACGGGAAUUGAACAAGAUCAACCUUCCAAACGAUCCAUCGUUUAA